CUCCUCUUCUCUUUCCUCUGCUUUCACAGAUUAGACGCUCCAAAUCAUUGACAAAACAAUGUUGGCAGUUUUUGACAAGUCGGUGGCUAAGUGUCCGGAUGCGCUGCGGAGCCCGCACUCUGGCCCUGCCUCCGCACUGAAAGAUGGGUUUUUGGCUAACCAUUUUGGGUCUGUAUAUCCUGGUUCAGUCACUGUCAAUCUUGGUUCUGCUGGUGUUCUUGCUUACUCUCUAGAAAAGCAAAGGCCCCUUCUGCCGAGAUUAUUUGCUGUUGUAGACGACAUUUUCUGCUUGUUCCAAGGAAACAUUGAGAAUGUUGCAGUACUUAAGCAGCAAUAUGGCUUGAGCAAGACUGCAAAUGAAGUAAUCAUUGUUAUUGAAGCUUACAGAACCCUCAGAGAUCGAGGGCCUUAUCCUGCUGAUCAGGUUGUCAAAGAUAUUGAAGGGAAAUUUGCUUUCAUUUUAUAUGAUAGCACUUCAAAAGCCACAUUUAUAGCUGCUGAUGCUGAUGGAAGUGUACCCUUCUUCUGGGGAACCGAUUGUGAAGGUCAUCUUGUUCUUUCAGAUGAUGUUCAGAUUUUGAAGCAGGGCUGUGGGAAAUCAUUUGCACCAUUCCCUAAAGGAUGCUUCUUCACAACUUCUGGAGGCUUGAGGAGCUUUGAGCACCCGUUGAAUGAGUUGAAGCCAAUUCCAAGAGUUGAUAGUUCAGGUCAGGUUUGUGGUGCGAAUUUCAUGGUGGAUGAAGGGGUUAAGAAGGGAGGUGGCAUGCCAAGAGUUGGAAGUGCUUAUGACUGGUCCUCUAACUACUAAUGAGAAGUUCUUAUCAGCAGGCUCGUGUUAUUAACGAGCCCGAUUGGCUUUUACUAUAGCUUUUGCUGAUCUUACAUUCCCAUGUUUUAAGAUUUUGCUGCAUUAAUAUAUCCCAUGGUAAAUAUAUUAGCAUUCCCUAAUGAGACAGCAAUUUACGCUGCUGUAAAUGUUGCUUGCUACUAUCCAAUUAAGCCCAUACUUUGCAGGGUUAUAACAUAAAAUAAGAUUUACCGUUCAUACAGUA